GGAGAGCGUUUUAUGACUGAAUGACUGUCUGCUGACAAUAACAAUGUGGCGCAGGUUAUUCGCCACUGUCCCUGCUUUUCGAGCCCAGAAAGCACCCUGCAGGAGUUUUAAAAGCAGCAGGAGAUCUGACAAGGACGUUUUUGAAGAAGUGGAGGAUCAGUUCCGGGCGUUUCGGAAAAAAGCUGUGAAAGCGAUGCCCGGCAGUGACUGGAGCCCAUUUGAGCUGACGCCCGGCCUGCCUCCUGAGAGGGCCGAUGUGGUGAUUAUAGGAGGCGGCGUAGUGGGAUGGUCCAUCGCAUACUGGAUAAAGAGGAAAGAGAGAACGAGGGGCGCUCUGAGAGUGGUGGUGGUGGAGAAAGACCCUACUUAUUCUCAGGCUUCAACUGUGCUGUCAUGUGGUGGAAUCCGACAGCAGUUUUCCCUGAAAGAAAAUAUCCUGCUUUCACUGGAAUCUGCUGAUUUCUUGAGGAACAUUAAUAAGCAUCUGUGGGUGACGAAUGAAGACCCCGUCGAUCUGCAGUUUAAUCAUUCGGGAUAUCUCUUCCUCGCCAGUGAAAAAUCCGCUCAUGUUAUGGAGGAAAACUACAGCACACAGAGAUAUGCUGGUGCGAAGGUGGUCCUCCUGUCACCUUCUCAGCUGAAGGAGCGAUUCCCCUGGAUGAACACAGAGGGCGUCGCUCUGGCUUCUCUUGGACUGGAGAACGAGGGCUGGUUUGACCCCUGGUCUCUGCUGAACGCUUUCAGACGCAAGGCCUUGUCUAUGGGAGUCUAUCAGUGCUUCGGAGAAGUCACAGGUUUCAGAUACAGCACACAGAUCGCAGAAGUUGCAGAGGGAGACUUUGUUGAUUUCAGAAGGAUAAAAUGUGUCAAUGUGCGGAUGCCCAACAGUCUGGAGUAUCAGCCAGUCGAAUGCCCGGUUGUGGUAAACGCAGCGGGUGCAAACUCGGGGAAGAUCGCUGCCAUGCUGGGCAUCGGAUUAGGCCCGGAGGAAUCCGUAUCUGGAAUUCCAUUUCCUGUGGAACCCAGGAAGAGGUUUGCUUAUGUGGUUCAUUGCCCUGAUGGACCGGGUUUGGACACUCCGUUUCUGAUCGAUUAUUCAGGGGUUUACCUGAGGCGAGAGGGACUGGGAGGAAAUUACAUCGCAGGAAUGUCACCAGAGGAGACAGAAGAACCGGAUAUCAGUAACCUGGAUGUGGACCAUGAGUUUUUUCAAGAGAAGGUCUGGCAUCAUCUGGCUCACCGAAUUCCUGCUUUUGAGAAGCUGAAGGUUUCAAGCGCGUGGGCUGGAUUUUACGACUACAACACCUUUGAUCAGAAUGGUAUUUUAGGACUGCACCCUCUAGUGGCCAACAUGUACUUCGCCACAGGCUUCAGCGGUCACGGUUUACAGCAGUCUCCUGCGGUGGGACGUGCCAUCGCUGAGCUCAUUCUGGACAGAGGAUAUAAAACCAUCGACCUCAGUGCUUUUGGCAUCAAACGGAUCAUCAAGAAGAAGCCCAUACUGGAGAGAAACAUUGUGUGAGGAAGACGGUAUGUGCAGGGAAACUCGCUGGAGAAACUGAAGCGAUGUUUCAGAUGGUGAUUCAGUUAAGUAAUGAAACAGAAACUUAGAUUAUUGGGAGAUUAAAGGGUUAGUUCACUCAAAAAUGAAGGUUCUGUUAACAAUUACAACUUGUAUAGCAUAUGUUUUACACAGCGGAUGCUUUUCCGGCUGCAACCUAGUACUGGGAAACAACCAUACACACUCAUACACAACAGUCAAUUUAGUUUAUUCAAUUCACCUAUAGAGCAUGUCUUUGGACUGUGGAGGAAACCAGAGCACCUGGAGGAAACCCACGCCAACUCGGGGAGAACAUGCAAACUCCACACAGAAACGCCAACUGACCCAGUCGGGGAGUCGAACCAGCGACCUUUUUGCUGUGAGGUGAUAGUGCUAACCACUGAGCCACCAUACUUUACUAUAGUAUGGUUUAAAAACACUAUAGUAUUUUUUAAUGUGAGUUUUCUGAACGUCUGACCAUUGCUGUCUAUUGAGGAUGAGAGAGCUCUCUGAUUUCAUCUAAAAUAUCUUCAUUUGUCUUCUGAAGAUGAAUGACGGGAAAUUGAAAAGGCAUGAGGGGUAGUAACUGACAGAAUUGAGAUUUUUGGGUGAACUAACCCUUUAAAGAGGAAAGUGAUAAAUGCUGCUGGAGUUUCAACCAAAUUCACCGUGCAAAAAAAUCAUUGCAAUACCAACAAGAGAUCAGGAGAUUCAGUUGCGUCUUUGAAUUUGCAUAUAUUUGAAUAUGCAUACGACAGAUUCAUCUUUUAGACUGUUUUUAGGUUGCCAUAUUCAUAAAGUUUCAGAAAUGAACACCAAAAACAAUCGUAAACUUUAAAAGUUUGUCUUCAAAUUUAAAUCAGACCUGAUGGACUGAAUUUUAUAAAUGUGUACAUGUUAUUGUUUGUUAAUAUGGAUGUGAAAACGCAUAAAUAUUGUGGAAGAGCACCAACAAA